GAUGCAGGAGGGGAGACCCCACGGCCGGAGAGGCGGGGCCGGAGCGCAGGAGUGCGCAGAGGUGAGGACCAGGGCUGAGGGGUGGGGCGGGGCCGGGAGCCUCCACUUCCUCCUCCUCCCUUCCCACCCUGGCCCAUGGCUUCACCACCAUGAGACUCAGAAAGGGGAAAUUCUCGCGUUUAAAGUCCAGCAGGUGGAAGGUCAGGGCUGGGACACCUGGGUCCCUCGGCAGUGUCUGGAGACAUGAUGGGGACCGGAGGGAGCCUCGGGGCCUGGGGGAGCCUGGUGCUGUUGGGCCUGUGCAGCUGGACAGGGGCCAGGGCGGCUGCCCCCAGCCCCGGCAAGAACCUGACUGCAGAGGCCCGGACCCCCAGCUCCAUCACCCUGCAGUGGCAGACGCCCCGUGGCCUGGACCGGAGGCACCACACCCCCUGGGGCCUGUGGACCGGACGCGAUGGCGGAACCGAGGCCCCGCGCACGACCGACACCAGUUUCACGGUGGACAGACUUGGGCCCAGGUCUCCGCAUGAGUCUUCCGUGUGGGUGCAGCAGGAUGAGACCAACAGCUCCAAGCAGACUCUGCAAACCAGCACAGGUGAGAGGCAGUCAUGGCCAUGUUCUUGACUUCUGCUUUUCCCAAAAGGUGGCCGGCAGCGACAAGGACAUGGCAGGUUCUGUCGCCCAAGAGAAAUUGA